GUUGCUAUUCACAAACGUGCAGAACCUUUUUGACAUCAUUCCCGACAUCAGCGGCUGCGGAAAGAGCGUAAAGUCACCCAGAACUGAGGAGCAGGUCGACUGUUACUGGGCGGAGGUAAAAGAGCGGGCGGGAAUAAACAAAUAACGUGUUAAAAUGGCCAAACGGAGGAUCACCCAGGAGACAUUUGACGCUGUUGUCAGGGAGAACAUGGAGGAGUUUGAGAUGGAUCCAGAUGAGGCUCUGAAAGAUGCAGUGGAGCAGUUUGAAUCUCAAGGUGUGGAUCUCACUUUUAUAGUAAAAGCUGUAGCAGCUGUAUCAUGUGAUAACAAUCAAGAAAAGCAAACACACGAGGUCUUACAGUCUUUGGAGUCACUCCGGAUUGGAAAAGACUGUGAGGUGACAGCAGGCAUAAAAUCCUUCACUGACCAGUGCUCACUGGGAUUUGCGCAGAGGUACCUGGCUGCUGAAAAAGGCGCCUAUCCCAUUAUCCUUUCCUAUUGCAAAAAGGGUUUGGAGGAGCAGGACGCCAUGUUGGCUUCUCUGUCUGCUUUGGCUGCACUGACUGAUGGACAGCCAGACAUAUUGGAUGCAGAGGGCAGGCAGUGUCUUGUGGAUGUGCUUAAAAAGUUCCGGGAAGAUUCCUCAGUAACACGUGUUGCCAUCCGUGUUGUGCGGCACUGCUGUUUAAAACAUGAACAAAACAGGCAGGAUUUUGUAAAAGCUGGUGUCCUGCCGCUGCUGACCGGUGCCGUUACCCAACACAGUGGGUGUGCUGAGCUGGUCAAGGAAGCCUCUGCAGCUCUCAGGGUCAUGACAUUUGAUGAUGAUGUCCGAGUUUCAUUUGGGCAUGCUCAUGAACAUGCCAAGAUGAUUGUUCUUGAGCACAAUGGACUGAAGGUUUUAAUUGAGUCAGCAAAAGCUCACCUUGGUAAUAAUUCUGUUCUGAGUGAACUGUGCGCAACUUUAUCCCGCCUGGCCGUCAGAAAUGAAUUUUGUCAAGACAUCUGUGAUUAUGGCGGAUUAAAACUCAUAAUGUCGCUACUUGCGGACAGCUACGAGUCAUCGGAGCUGGUCCGACAAGUCGUCAGUGCAAUACGAGCCAUAGCAGGAAAUGAUGACGUGAAAGAUGCAGUUGUUGCUGCUGGUGGAGUUGAGCUUAUUGUUAUUGCCAUGAACAGACACAUGAGUAAUCCUGCUGUGUGUGAGCAGGCAUGUGCAUGCCUCUCUGUCCUUGCCUUACGUAAACCCAACAACUGCAAAGUCAUCAUGGAGAAUGGAGCUGCCUUGACCGCUGUGCAGGCAAUGAAUACGCACUCUAAUUCAGUCAAUGUACAGAAACAAGCAUGCAUGCUGUUGAGAAACCUAGUUGCACGUAUGGACAGCUACAGCCAGCCAAUCUUGGAAAUGGGAGCAGAGGCCCUGAUACGUCAGGCAGUCCAGACCCAUGAGGACUGCGGGGAUGUGGGCAAAGCAGCCCUCAGAGAUCUGGGCUGUGAGGUGGAGCUGAAGGAGCUGUGGAUCGGCAAACAUGGCAGCAUUACCAACUGAAAGUGGAGCUCAUUCUCCUUCACAAGACAAUAAAAUGAAAUGCUGUUGUGUUUGUAUACAAUGUUUGCAGAUACACUAAACUGGUUACAGAUAUUUGAUAUUUGAUUUGAUAUUUGAGCACAAAGCCCAGUUUGAAUAUGUCUUACAAUACAGGAAAAAGUCCAAAAGGCCGUUAAAUUCUUUUUUUUCUUUUUUUGUUCAUAAGAUGUAAUGUUUUGUGUUCAUGUAAAAGGCAUUUGAUUUGUAAAAAUAGUUGAACUGUUCAGCAUCGUGCGUAUACCUAUCCCAUGUUGGUGGAGCAAAUUUAUUUUAUGAACUAAAUGUCUUGUACUUAUAGGAUUUUUUUUUUCAAGUUUUUUUAUUUUAAAUGUAUUUUUAUUUUUAUAUUUUUAAUUUCUAUGUAGUACAUUAAGCAGUUGUGCCUGAAAGUCUAACACUUUUUAAUCAUAUUUAUAAAUCUGGCCAUUAGAUCAGUUUCAAAAACAAGUCUGAAGAGUGUUGAAAGAUAAACCAAUUAAACCAAUAAGGCAAGAAUGUUUUUGUAAUGUGUAUUUGUUUUUUAUUUACUGUGUUAAAUUUCCCAAUAUGACAGAUCAGAGCUCUUUCGGUAGUUGUUCUAAGUCAGACAUGUGUCCAUCAAAACACCAUUUAAAGGACA